AAUAGCCUUUUCCAUAACUGGAAAAAGCCAAAAGUUCAGGACUUUUCUCCAGUGUAAAUUUCCUAGAUUCAGGGAACCCGGAUAAAGCCGCUGUAAGAUUGACAUGAACUUUGUCCAAUAGUGUGGCAGAGGGGCGUAUCAUUUCAUAGACGCUCCAAUCAGCACGCAGAGAGUCGCCGUCUCCAAGGUGAAAGCGGAAGUAAGAUUUUGGCGCGCCACAUGGAACCGCUUCUGCAGCACCUGGAGCGCUUUUCUGAGGUUUUGGCGGUCUCCCGCACCACCCACGUAAGCACCUGGGACCCAGCGACUGUACGAAGGGCUCUACAGUGGGCUCGCUACCUGCGCCACGUCUACCAGCGUUUCCGCAGCCAUGACCGCAUCCGCACAACUCUGGAAAGGCGGUUGCACUGCUUGUGGAAGGAGGGCGGCCUUGGGGUGGGUCCAGUCCCUGGACUGAGGAACUUUGAGGCCCUUGGGCGCUGUGACAUCCUGCUGUCUCUACGCCUGCUGAAGAACCCGGCCCUGGGGGAUGCAUCUUGUCGCUACCUGCUGCAGCAACUCUUUCCCGGCGCGGGCGUCCGGGAUGCUGAUAGGGAACUGCUCCAAGACAGUCUGGCCAGCCUCGCUCGCCGCGGGUCUGCGGUCCACAUGCUGCGCUUCAACAUCUACAGAGAGAACCCGAAUCUUCAGGACGACUCACUGUUGAAGACCCAGGCUGAGUUGCUGCUGGAGCGUCUGCAGGAGGUGGGCAAAACCGAAGCGGGAGGCCCCAGCAAGUUGCUCUGCAGCCUGUGGGAGCGCCUGCCACAGAACAACUUCCUGAAAGUGAUAGCGGUGGCGCUGUUGGAGCCUCCGAUGUCUCCCCAGCCCCAGGGAGAGGAGUUAAAACUGGGUAGCCCCAGAAUUCUUGAAGAGGGGAGUCAAGAGCUACUCCACUGGCUUCUGGGGAAGUCGGAAAUAAUGGCUGCCUUUUGUCGCAACGUCCCGGCAGGUCUUUUGACUUUGGUGGCAGGUCGCUACCCAGCACUUUCUCAUGCCUAUCUGAGUGUUCUAGCUGACUGGACUCAACGUCUGCACUACGACCUUCAGAAAGGCAUUUGGGUUGGAGCUGAGUCUCAAGAUGUGUCCUGGGAGGAGUUGUACACUAGGUUGCAAAACCUCUGCCAGGCACCCCCACCUCUGAAAGAUGAGGUUCUAACUGCGCUCAAGUCUUACAAGGCGCAGGAUGGAAAUUUCGAAGUUCCUGGUCUUAGCAUCUGGACAGACCUGUUGUUAGCUCUUCAGAGUAGUGCAUAAUACCACAUUUGGUCUGUUUUAGGUCUGAAGCCAAGCACUAAUUCUCCAUGAGCAACGUUUGUUAUUUGAAUAUGUAGUUUACAAAACGAAAAUUCUAUGUUGAAAAGGAGAAAGCAUUUUUUUUUUUUUUUUUAAGUAUGGUUUACUCUUAGUUUGGUUUGGUUCCAACUCUGCCCUAGUGCCCUUCCAGUGAAGAGUUUUCUUUAACUAACAACUUGUGGUGUCAGAAAUGUUAUUUUGAAAAACAUAUUAGCCUACUUGGAGUUUAAGCCCUGGACUUUGGCCUUGUUGAUCUAGUGUUCUAACCAGUUAAGCUGCCUCACCAUGCAAUUAAAAUUGUUGUUUUGUUUCUUGUUUUAGCAAAUUACUAAUCUCUCUGUAAGACCACAUAGUAUGUUAAUUUAAAAUAUUGACUUCAACACAAAAAAAAUGUUUAAAGGAUAGUGAGUGCAAAUGUAUAUCUUUGAAUAUUAAUAUGGAUUCCAAGGCAAAAGAAUCAAACUUCUGAAUUGGAAGAUCCAGUUGUUACUUCUGCCAUUAAUUAGGUUAGUAGGUCACAACCUUAGUGCAACAGUUACUUCUUAUUAAAUGAAGUGUUUAUACUAAAAUAAUUAAAUUUUAUUGUUCUUCCCUUAGUGACUGCCUUAUGAAGACCAUUUGGAGUAUUUAUUUUGAGUGUUGGAACUUAAUUUUGUUAGUUUCCUUGAGUAUUCCUCAAGUAGCAGAAUGAUUUAGUCAUUUUUACUGGGGAUAUAUAAAUUUCCAGCAAUCGAGGCAUUUUUGUCCAUAUCCAAGUUAACUGAUAACAAGAGUGUUUGGAAUGUACUGCUACUCAGAAAGUUACUUUCUAAUUCCAGAAAUGAAAUUAGAACAAAGGGGUCUUAUCUUGUAGAAAAUUUUAUUCUGUAGUAAAAUUUCAGAGGAAAGUAAUGUUCCCCCAGGAAGUACACUUUCUAAAAUAAUCUUGAGUGAACAAUAGCAAAUUCUUAUUACCUAUGGUCUUAUUCCUUUUUCUAGCUCUAAUUGAUAUAGACCAUCUUUUAGAUUGCAUUUGCCAAAAAUAGUAAAACAACUUCUUCUGUUAAUUACAUGAGUCUUAUUUCAAGAAACAACUCAGUAAAGAGUUGUGCCAUGACAAGUCCUAAUACUGGUUUUAGUUUUAGGAACUAGCAGUUUGUGAACUCUUUCUUCAUUGCUACAUCUAACAUUAUUAUUUAAGAUAAAAUAAGGUUGAUAUGGACUUAACAUUUUAAAAUAUAUUUUUGUACUGAUCAUUUGUUAAUUAUUUUUUAUUUUAAAUUCCAUGGUAUAUUUGUUACAUACAUAGUCUUAUUUAAUCUCAUUUAAUCUGUGUUCCAAGACUAUAUUCUAUGUGUAUAAACUGAAAGAGAUGAAGUGAAAUGCCCAAGGGCACACACAAAAGCAACAUAAGAAUAGAAGCCAUAUCCAUUAUUUAUUUUGUUUCCAAGAGUUUAGUACAAUAUUUGGCAUGUGUUUUAUGUACUCCUAAUGUUUGAAUAAAUAAAAUCAGCAUUGGAACCUUAA